GACGCCAGAAGUCAGCACAACAAAAGGCGGGAUUGUUCUUACACGACAAGCUUGAGCACUUCAUGAAAAGCUUACUAUGGAACCAUAACAUUGUAUUCAAAGGAAACAACUACCAGUGAAUUAUGGGCAUUUCUGCAAGCAUAGCAAAUUCUUCGAGAAAGUACCGCACAAAUGGUGAUUUACCACACCGCCAGAGGUCCAGCAAACAUUCAUCCAUUGAAGUUGGUGAUGAACUUGAAGAUGAUACAGCCAGUGUGUCAAGCUUUCGACCUUCAAGCCCAUUAGCUCAUCAAGAUGCAAGAGCCUUUACUUUAGAUAUGCCACAUACAAAACAGCGAGACUCUAGAAACCAAGCAGACAGACGUAGUUACAACAGCAACAUUGAGUCCAGCUAUCCUGGUAAUAGACGCAGUUACCAUGCUGGUAGUGUGGAACGUAGUUCCAGAGCUGGGAAUGGUUCGCAUUCCUCAUACAGUGUUCGAGAUCCAAGCUCCAGAGCUUUGGUUUCUCAGAGUGCUUCAAGUGUCUAUGGUUCAAGGCUGGGACCUGUCCGUACCAUGCGAGACGUCCGAGAGUUUUUGUUGAGUAAUCCAGAGCUCCUAGCUGGUAAGAAGAACAGACAAAUGAGGCAGUCUGGAGAUAGUGAUCUGUAUGGAUUAUCUAACAAUCACAAGCAGAUGAAAACAAAACAGAGUGUUUACAUGGGACUCAUAAACCCUCCAGUGGUCUACGGAAUUGGUGUCAGGCCAGACAAUCGACAACUUCGAGUUGAUCAAAAGCUGUAUCUCAACCUUGUUUACCCUACUAUUAGACCAAAAGAGUAUCAUCAGCGUGCUAUAAGAUCUCGUCCUCCCCUUAAACAAGAAGGCAUGGUUGUCGUGAGGAAAGAUGAUCAUUUGCGGCAACCAAAUGGAUAUAUGAAAAGGCCUCUACCGCGGAUGGAAGUGUCAAGACUACACGAACCCUCCAAGGUAAUGAAUUCCCCUGAAUCAGUGCAGCAUGAAAGAACAAUCCUCAGGCAUGAUGCUUCAACCUAUCAGGGAAGUAGAGGUCAGUCACAAAAUUUGGCCAAGACCGCCUCCAAAAGAGGAAGCAAUGACUACGUUGAUUUUCCGGAUAUUGUCCAGGAGCCACUCACAAGUCGGUCAGUUAAAGAUGAAAGGCGAGUGCUUAGGGACAAACAGAUGAAUGGUUUUGUCAAGACAGGGAAUCCAGACCAAAAGAUUGAAAGACAAUUCAGUGGCAGGGGUGAGGAUGAUGUUGUAUUUACAUUCAGUGUGGAUGAUCUAGAUUUGAGGAAAAAGACUGAAGUACCCCGUUUGGAACAUGAGAAGGAUAGAGGACAAGUGGUACCUCUUUACUUCAGGAAGUCACUGGCUUACAGUCCCAAGUAUGAGCACAGAGAAGACCUUUUGUCAAGUCCAUUGUGAAGAUGUGAAACUCAUUGCCUUUCAACUGAUGGAGGGCCAGUUUGAACAUACUAAAGCUUGCAUUAAAAACUGAGUGAGAGUAGGAGGAGUCUACAUGUAAAGCCAAUAGCCUGCAAAUGUAGUAGCUGAUAGUGUAUGCUAUCAUCAGUGCGGUGUAGGUAAAGUUGAUUGGUUUCAACCACAUACGCAACACUGAACAGGCAUGGACAAUCCAUCAAAUAUAAAAGAGACUGUGAUAUUUUAUUAAGACAUUGUUGUGUGAACUAACAUAUAUUUUGUGAAACUCUGUUUACUAUCUACAGGCGCUGUAUAUUCUGUUCACAUCACAACUUUGGACAGAUGUAUCAUGCACAUAAUUAUAUUGUUCAUAUAUCGUUACAGACCCUAGGCUGUCAGGGAAUGCAGGUUCAUUUAGAAGGAAAAUUAUCAACAAUAAAAUGUAUUCCAAGUGAUUGAUUAAUCUUUGUUCUUCAUUGAUUAAUUGCAAAUGAUCCAUAAUAAUUUUUUCAUAUGGUUGUUCAUUGAUUGAUUGCAAGAAUAAGAAAAUCUUGAGCUUGUUGUCAAGUUGUCAAAUCAAAUGUCUUAAAAAUUGAUCAAAAACAUGAUAGUACAUGUAUGUAAUGUACACCAGUUUCAUACUUGAAAUUAUACAACACAUAAUAACA